AUGGUGAGUGGGACACCGCGCAUGGUGAUGGUGAGUGGGACACAGCCCAUGGUAAUAGUGAGUGGGACACCGCCUAUGGUGAUGGUGAGUGGGACACAACCCAUGGUGAUGGUGAGUGGGACACAGCCCAUGAUGGUGGUGAGUGGGACACUGCCCAUGGUGGUGGUGAGUGGGACACAGCCCAUGGUGAUGGUGAGUGGGACACAGCCCAUGGUGAUGGUGAGUGGGACACAGCCCAUGGUGAUGGUGAGUGGGACACCGCCCAUGGUAAUGGUGAGUGGGACACCGCCCAUGGUGGUGGUGAGUGGGAUACAGCCCAUGGUGAUGGUGAGUGGGACACAACCCAUGGUGAUGGUGAGUGGGACACAGCCCAUGGUGAUGGUGAGUGGGACACAGCCCAUGGUAAUGGUGAGUGGGACACCGCCCAUGGUGAUGGUGAGUGGGACACAGCCCAUGAUGGUGGUGAGUGGGACACAGCCCAUGGUGGUGGUGAGUGGGACACAGCCCAUGGUGAUGGUGAGUGGGACACAGCCCAUGGUGGUGGUGAGUGGGACACAGCCCAUGGUAAUGGUGAGUGGGACACAGCCCAUGAUGGUGGUGAGUGGGACACCGCCCAUGGUGAUGGUGAGUGGGACACAACCCAUGGUGGUGGUGAGUGGGACUAGCAAGUCCUAUUUGCUGUAA